AUGAGUUUAGAAGAGCUACGAUCGGACUUGACUGAAGACACAUCUCCAAUGUUAAAGUUUCCAGUGUCACCAGGUUGUUUCCACCCGACGGGAGCGAAACGACAGGAAUAUCUUGAUAUUGUACGAGAGCGUGUGAGUCUUUUGCUUGCUAACGACUAUCCAUGCUCUGAUCAUUGUGAUCGAUUGCUACCACCAUUCGACACGACUAAAUGGAAACAGGUUGAAAGCAAUCAGGAGGUUCGGUUUUAUAAACCAAUUGAACGAGGUCAGACGCAGUUGAUUAGUGAGGAACCUUUUGCCGAUGUCCGACGAGCUAUGGAAAAUGGAUAUUCGAGUAUGAUAUGUGACGGACAAGUUCGAGGGUCAAUGGAAGACAUGAUGUACGGAAUGACUGCGGCUUCACAAGAAGACUUGAUGACAGGUUUAUGGUACAAACAUCCUCCUCGAGACUGUGUGUGGCUAGGUUCUGCAGAGAGACCGACGCCCGAAGACCCCUUCCGUUCAACGGACUUCAUUUGGGUAUUUCCUAAGCUAUUAUACAAUGUCGAUAUCUGUUUUCUCAAAGCUACAGGCAUUGAGAAAGACCAAGAUGGGAAGAGCUACGGCUAUUUGGUGCUGCAUUCUGUCGCAAUACCACACUGUCGUCCAUUUGAAGCUCGCAAAGUCUCGCGUACGAAAAUGUACUUCACGUGCUUGUUUCGAGAGACAACACCGGGAUAUUUAGACGUGACAGUGCGUGGCAUCUUUGACUUGGGAAAAAGACGUGGAAAAAUUGUCAAGAAAUUGGUAACGGCUGCAACAAAGUCCUUCAUGGUCAGUCUUCUUGACGGUGUUGACAUUGGUUUAGCCAAGAAACUUACUAUCAUGGCACGUCAUUAUCAAAACACACUACGAGGUCCCAAGCAGUCAGGGUGCUCUAUCUGCUUCAAGACCACAAAAACUAGACUGUUCGGAUUGGACACGCACUUAUCCCAAUGUGGCGUAUGCGGAGCCACCGUGUGCUCAAAUUGCAUCGUCAACACCAAGCAAAUUCUUUUUGUAGGUUCGGAUGCCCCGUGCUCAAAACAUUCAUGCUGUUCAACUUGUAUGCGAGACGCCAGAGCUUCGUGUGGAAUUCGUCCCGAUGAGCCAGAGUUUCAAGUUAUCGCCGAAUACUACCUCAAACGCCAAUCGCAAUCAGCAUGUACGGUGAGAAGUCAUAGUCGAUCUUUUUUGAACCAGAUGUACCCGCUUGAUACAGUGACUCGUCGCCGUAGCGGUAGAUGCGUAUCUGCGGCAAAAAGUAACGGGUCAGCGAAUAUGGCAACCAACUCCACAGCAGCCGAAAGUUUGGACACCGACGCAUCCUUUAGAGAGCUGGAUGAAGCAGAGUUUUUCUUCAGCGAUGACGACUCCCAAUGUUCUGUUACGGCUCAACCUGAUCCUAGUUCAAACAUGUCCAAUGAAUCGAAGAAAAGCACACUCACAGUUUGGAAAACGCACCACCAAGUAGAUAACGAUGAUUUUGUACCCUCUAGUGUACGCGCACGAUCACAGUUUGAGACGUUUCAUCGUACACUGUAUCAACUGAAUAUCGCGGCCGAGAAUACGUUCAUGCAGACGCAGAAUACAACAAGGAAUUACGUGAUGCUACGUGGUUCUGAGCUUGAUUGA